AUGUCGACUACAAACAGCAAAACCUUCAAAUUUUACACCUUCUUCUUCAAAUGGAUUGAUCCCAUCAUCGCUCUCGGAGGAGCAUAUCUGAACUUCAUUGAUCCAAUUGGCGCAGUGACAUCAAUGGCUCCCAACUCAAAAUACGACCCGGAUCAAGUUUUUCUCUUCCAUCAGAGCGGUGGUCUUGCGUUGGCCGUUGCUUUUCUGUCUGCUGCUAUUCCCCGAUAUUCGAAAGAUAUCAUGUUGUGGAGGAUCUUGCAGUUUUCAUUGCUGCUAUCCGACCUGGCAGGCAUGAGUGGAGUGGGCUUUGCUAUGGCGCGCCAAGGGAGGCUUACAGGAAUCUGGACUUCAGAUGAUUGGGGUUGUGGUGGAUCCUAUGUCUUCUUGACCUUGCUGAGACUGCACUUUUUGGUAUUCAGUUAUAAAAUUGCUGGCAUGAGCGACAACCAGACGGUUAAAAAGCAGAGUUAG